UAUCAUCACUCUCUAUCAAGUGAUCAAUUUCUCACUCUUCAUUCAGUAUCAAUAAAUCCAAUUCUUCUUCUUCUGACAUUUCUAUUGUUCUUCUUGUUCCAGAAACCCUUCAAUCCUACACAAUGAAUGGAAAUUAUCAAAACAAUUAUAGAGGUGGUUGGAAUCACAUUCCAUUCAUUGGUUUCAGUCCAGGACCUUUUAACUACAAUUACCCAGUUCCUCUUUAUUGGCCUCCCUUUAACUACAGUUACCAAAUUCCUCAUCAAAAUCCGGCCAAUUAUACUGAUAACAGGCCCUUACUACAUCAUGUGCGGCCACCCUAUGUUGAUAACAGACACUUACCGCAUCAAAUGCCGACGUACUAUUAUGAUCCGAGGCACUUAACACAUCCAAUGCCGGCACACUAUUAUGGUCUGAGGCCGUUACCACUUCGAAUGCCAGAACGCCAUGUUGAUAAGGGGCCUUUGCCGCAUCAAACAGCGGAAGACCAUGCUGAUAAUAAGGGCCUACCACAUCAAACACCAGAAGAAGAAGAAGACGUGGCUGAUAAAAGGCCCUUACCGCAUCAAAAGGCGGAUGAUGAUGCUGAUAACAAGUGUUUACCACAUCGAACGUCAGAAGAAUGCUAUGCUGAUAAGACGAACUUACCACAACAAUCACCUGACUUGUCUCAACAAACACCUGAAGACUAUGUUGAUAAGAAGUGCUUGCCAGAACCAACUAUUCCUGCUGAAGCCACACUACCACGCACACGCUGUGAAAUUUGUGAUGUUGAGUUUCCUCACCAGAAUUUGGAAGGACAUAAUAAUGGAAAGAAACAUCGAAGAAUGUUAAUAGAACUACGUGAGCAAUCAACGGAAAGUAAAACUUCCAAUGGAGAAGAGAGUAUACAUAUUCAAAAGAAACCAGUAGUUCAACUUAAGAAAGUUCCAAAAUCUAAGAAAGAUGGAUGCCUGGUAAAAAUUACGAGUCAUAAAGCUCCCAAGUACGAGGAAGUUCCUGCUGAAGGUUCUAAAAGGAAACUCAGGGAUCACACUGGUGCAGAGGAUCGUGAUUCCAAGGUAGAGAAUGUGAAACAUGAAGCUCGUAGUUUCCAGGAAAAGAAAGUAACACCUGUAAAGUCUAAAAGGAAAGUCAGGGAUAGUACUGAUGCAAAGGAUCAUGGUUCGAAGCGCGAGACUGGAGAAGCAUCAGGAGGUAAGUACAUGAAGAUGAGUAAUGGGAUAAGAAGGUCUGUAAAAAAUGAUCAGCCACAAUCAACUCCAGUUGAGUUGAAUGCCUCAUCAGGCUCUAAUAUUAGCGCCGAGACCGAUACAGAAUAUAUUAGUUGUGAUUUUUCUGCAACAUUAUCACCAGAAGCCCCUGUGACUUCUCAAGAAUUCACACCUUCACCAGCAGUAGAAUCAAGUUUUGAUCCCUCAGGUCAGAUCAAUUCUCAGACAGAAGUAGAAGAAGGGGAAGAACGUCUCGAGGUUCAGAAUUGUGGCGUGGAAACAAAUGAUCAGCCACACUCAAUCUCAAUGGAGUUUCAUGGCCCUGCUGGUUGUUCUGAUAUUAAUACCUUGGUUGAAGAUACAUGUCCUGAUUCUGGUGCAAUAGUAUUAGCAACACCACAAUCUCCUAUUGCUUUUCAGGUACCCACACCAGUAGACAUUAUACAGACAGAAAUGUUUGAGAGCGAUGUUCAUAAUGAGGUUCAGAAUGAUAUUGUUGAUUCAAAUGAUCAGCAACAUUUGAUUUCAAUGGAGUUGCACGACACUGCUGGUUCUAUGACUAACAACCAAACCGAAAUCGUGAAUUUUGAUUCUGCAGCGAUAGAAAUAGUUAUAGAACCACUUGCAUCAGCAUGGCCACAUGCAGCGGGGACAAGUUUUGAACCCCUGACUGAACUUGGUCUACAUACUGAAACUGAACCACAAGUAUCGGAAGCUGUAGCAUAUAUUGAGAGCCAACAUCCUACUGAGGGAACCGAUAUUGAGAUUGAUGCCGCUUCCGAGGUCAGUGUUGAAACUGAAACUGAAGACGGAGGUUCUCAAGUGGAAGUGGAGAUGGAUGUUCCCGCGAGUGAGUUGGGGAGAAUUCAUUUGCCUCAGGUAUCUGUUUGUCUUACGUGUGGCGAUGAAGGCUUUGAAGAGGCAAUAGUAUAUUGCAGCAAAUGUGGAGAUUAUGCAAUACAUAGGUAUUGUUUAAAGGGUCCUGUGGUUUUUACGGACGAAGUUAUUUGGUUUUGUGAGGAUUGUGAAGAGAUAUUAGACGCAAAUUAUCCAGAUAGUGAGACCGCAGAUUUGGAAAAAUGUGAAGUUGAUUCCAAUGAGAAAUGUGCUACUUUUGUUGAUCCACAACCUAUUGUUGAUCCAAUCUGGAGGGGAAGUUUGCAGGUUUUCAACAAAAGCUUUGAUAAAAUGAGUAGACUAAUGGGCCAUUUGUCCACUUUAGCAUGCCCUAAAGUUCUCGAGGAGACAAGACAUCUCCCUAACGCGCUUUAUGGAGACUUACUUCAAAGAUCAGCUGUGUGGCCAGCGAGUUUCAAGAAAUUCGGAACAAAUAACCUCAGCAUUGGUCUUUAUUUCUUUCCUCAAAAUGAAAGGGUUGAGAGAUAUUAUGACCAACUAGUUGAUGAAAUGAUUUCCAAUGAUCUUGCCAUAAGAGUUAGGGUUGAAAAAGCUGAGCUUCUAAUAUUUGCUUCUACAAUGCUCCCAAGCCAGUAUAAGAGAUUUCAAUCAAAGUAUUAUUUAUGGGGUAUUUUUAAAAGAAAGCAAGAACCAUUCAGAUAAAUUAUGCUAGUUACUAAACUAUGCAAUAGUCUUUUGAAUACAUAGUACUGAUGUGUAUAACAGUAUAUAACCAUAGUUUAUGUAUGCUUCUUAAGAGUUUUACUUGUUGCCCUUUUGUUUAAGCUUUUGUUAGAAGUUGGUGCUUCUUUUGAAUACGUAGUACUAAUGUGUAUCUAACCAUAGUUUGUGUAUGCCUCCUUAGAGUUUUACAUACUGCCCUUCUGUCUAUGUUUUUGUUAGAAGUUGGUGCCUCCUUUGAAUACCGAGUAGUAAUGUGUACAUAUGACAAAUUUCAUUAUAAAUACAAACUUCUCAUGAGUUACAACACAUUGACACAUUUCACAAUUUCAUGGUAUCUCAUAUCAUUGUCCACAUAUUUACAACAUGUUUCACAUUU